AUGAGGCCACCGUCUGCCCUCGCGUGCUUACUUCUCCUCAAUUCCAUCUUCCUCUCGUCAUCCGAGUGCCCGCAGCGCUGCCAAUGCGACAGAAACGCAGUGCGAUGCCUCCAUCAAGGUCUGCAAGCGGUCCCAGAAACACCAGCGGAAGCCCACACGCUGGAUAUCCGUUUCAACAGGAUUUACGAUAUCGCACCGCGUGUGUUCAGCCAUCUACAUCGGCUCCGCUCGCUGCUCUUGAACGACAAUGAGUUGACAUCGCUCCGUUCUGGGGCCUUCCACGGCCUUAGACGUCUAAAAUACCUCUACUUGUACCGGAACCACAUCAGCCACAUAGAUUCGGACGUCUUCCAGGGAAUGGUGCAUCUGGAACAGCUAUAUCUCCAUGUCAACGAGAUACACAUAAUCGAACCUGAGACUUUCUCUAACCUGCCUCGCUUGGAACGUUUAUAUUUGCAUAACAACAACCUGAAGACUAUUCCACCUGGCUCUUUCCGUGGGCUGCCCAAGUUGCAAAAGUUGCGCUUGGACAGCAAUGCCCUCAUUUGCGACUGCUCAAUGCUUUGGUUCGUCCGAAUGUUAUCUGAACAUAACCAAAUGAGUAUUGCUGCUACCUGCUAUGGUCCGUCUAGCACUACUGGAUCUUCUUUGGCCACUAUGAAGGAGAGCGAUUUUAAAUGCAAACAACCUGAAUUCGACAAGGAACCAGAAGACGUAGUCGUGAACUUCGGUGCUGACGCGAUGUUCAUCUGUUCUGCCACCGGGGAACCUGCUCCAGAAAUUAUUUGGUACCGUGAUUCUACUGUUGUACCACUCGACACUUCGAGGUAUGAGGUCAUGGGGAACGGAACUUUGAUGGUACACGAAGCUGAUGAAAACGAUGUUGGUAUUUUCGAAUGUAUGGCGAAGAACCCCGCUGGAGAAGUGAAAUCUAAACCGGCGAAGAUGCUUUUACACACAAAAGUCAACAAUGAAGACCAUCCUGUCUUCACGAUUUUGCCGCGUAAACAACUGGCUAGAAUCAAUCAAAACUUUGUGACCUUUGAUUGCGUAGCUCAGGGCAAUCCUAAGCCGCAUAUAUCUUGGUCUUAUAAUGGUGAUAAGAUCCUCCUAUCAGACAGGAUUACUCUGCAGCACAAUGGUUCUAUAGUUAUUGAAAAGGUGCAGCUUUCGGACGCUGGUAAAUAUACAUGCGAAGCUGAAAAUAUUCACGGAAAGGUGUCUUCCUCAGGCAGUUUAGAAGUUAUGGUUCCACCUGCCUUCAUUUUAGUGCCAAAAGAUGAACAAGUAUCCCUUGGUGAUUCGGUGCAUUUUACUUGUACUGCUCGCGGAGUACCCAAGCCCGUUAUCACCUGGUAUAGAAACACGAUGAUUUUGCCUCCCAAAGACAACAUUAUUCUGAGCGAUGAUAAUCAAAAUUUAACGAUAACCGAAGUCACCGAUGACGACGAUGGUAUCUAUCACUGUCGCGCUGAGAACUCCGAAGGUCUUACUGAAAUUUCUGCUGUUUUAAAAAUAGAAGAUUUUCAAGUUGUGGCACCGAAAAUUUUGAUUCGCCCAGAAGACGUAGAGGCUUACAAAGAAACUACAGUCCAAAUGCCAUGUGAGUACGAAAGCGAACCGUUAGUCACGAUAGAAUGGCGAAAAAAUGGUAACCGGAUAAUACAAGACGACAGGAUUUCAAUAUCUUUAAUCGGAAGUUUGAUAAUUAAUAAUCUUACGCUGACGGAUACUGGGAGCUAUGAAUGUUCGGUAUACAACGAUUACGGGCGCGAUACUGCAUCGGCCUUUUUAACAGUAAAAGAUCAUAUUUUGCCUGGCGAUGAGUAUGUUAACAUAGCUUUAACCGAAGCUACGAGGGAUGUUGAUCAAGCAAUUGCACGUACAAUCGAACAAAUGUUUACAAACAGAAGUGGCACUAGCGUUCACGACCUUUACAGAGUUGCGCGCUUCCCGAACGCACCUGCAAGAGAGGUCGCAAGAGCUGCCGAAAUUUAUGAGAGAACUCUUGACAAAGUCCGCGAGUAUAUACAAAAAGGAUUGAAGGUCACGACGGUUGAGCCCUUUAAUUAUGAAAGCAUCUUAUCAACUAAGCAUUUGGACGUAAUCGCUCGACUAUCUGGAUGCGUAGCACAUAGAACCCCUGAAGAUUGCUCUAACAUGUGCUUCCAUAAAAAAUUUCGAACGAUUGACGGUUCCUGCAACAAUUUUGAUAAUCCAACCUGGGGCGCCUCCCUGACACCGUUUAGAAGACUUUUAUAUCCAAUUUACGAAAACGGAUUUAGCCAACCUGUAGGAUGGAAUAAAGAACUCAAAUACAACGGUUUUAGUUUACCCAGUGCUCGUUUGAUCUCCACAUCCAUUAUUACAACACAAAACAUAACAGAAGAUGAAUUUUUGACCCAUAUGCUAAUGCAGUGGGGUCAGUGGUUAGAUCAUGAUAUUGACCACGCCCUUCCAUCCGUUAGCGACCAGACUUGGGAUGGAAUCGACUGCAAAAAGACCUGCGACUACGCCGCUCCUUGCUUUCCCAUCGACGUACCUCCCAACGACCCGCGAGUUAAAAAUCGUCGUUGCAUAGACUUCGUGAGGACAAGCUCCGUCUGUGGCUCAGGUAUGACUUCUGUUUUGUUUGGGAAGCUUGAAGCCAGAGAACAAAUUAACCAACUGACUUCUUUCAUUGAUGCUUCUCAAGUGUAUGGUUUUGAAAAAGCUGUCGCUGAGGAUCUGAGAGACCUGACAAAUGAUAAUGGAACACUUCGUGUGGGCGCUAAAUUUCCCGGCAAAAAGCCUCUUCUGCCUACAACUGGUGUUAAUGCUAUGGAUUGUAGGCUGAACCUUGAAGAGAGUACUCGGAGCUGCUUUGUCGCUGGAGAUAUUAGAGCGAACGAACAGGUUGGCUUAGCAGCUAUGCAUACAAUUUUCAUGCGGGAACAUAAUCGAUUAGCUACCCAACUUAAAGCGAUUAACCCCUUCUGGGAUGGUGACAGAGUAUACCACGAGGCAAGAAAAAUAGUAGGUGCUGAAAUACAGGCUAUUACUUAUUACCAUUGGUUGCCCCUCAUUCUCGGUCGUCAAGGAUAUGCUAUGCUUGGAGAUUAUCAAGAGUAUGAUGCUGAAAAGAAUCCUGCUGUAUCCAACGUUUUUGCUACUGCAGCAUUAAGAUUCGGACAUUCUUUGAUCAACCCAGUCCUCAACCGCUAUGACGAGCACUUUGAAACUAUCCCUCAAGGUCACUUAUUAUUACGCAACGCUUUCUUCGCACCAUGGAGGCUAGUGGAUGAGGGUGGAGUGGAUCCAUUAAUUAGGGGUAUGUUCAUGACACCGGUCAAACUAAAAACACCAACACAAAACUUAAAUUCCGAACUUACUGAGAAACUAUUCCACACUGCUCACGCCGUAGCACUCGAUUUGGCUGCAAUGAAUAUUCAGAGAGGUCGCGAUCACGCUAUUCCUCCAUACACAAAAUGGCGAAGCCUUUGCAACAUGACCGACGUGGACGAUUUCGAUGACUUGGCCAACGAGAUAUCUGAUAAGUCAGUUAGAGACAAACUGAGGGAACUGUACGGCUCUGUUCACAACAUCGACGUUUGGGUUGGAGGAAUUCUGGAAGACAUGUCUAAGGGAGCUAAGGUCGGGCCUCUCUUCCGAUGCAUACUGAUUGAACAAUUCAAACGACUUAGAGACGGCGAUCGGCUGUGGUUCGAGAACCCCUUAACCUUUAAGCCCGAGCAACUUAAGGAAAUUCAGAAGGUGAGCUUAGCGCGUAUCCUUUGUGACAACGGUGACAAUAUCGAUACGAUUGGAGAAAAUAUUUUCAUCCUACCGGAAAUACAGGACGGUUUGAUCUCUUGUGAAGAUUUGCCAUCGAUUGACCUUCGAUACUGGAUGGACUGUGAGUCCUGCGGUGACGAUAACGAAAUAGAGAGGAAACGAGUACGUAGAGAUGUGUCAGACUCUGAUCACAACCAAAUUAUUGAGAACGAACAUCGCUUGGAAAUAUUGGAGGAUUCCCAAAGCGAACUGUUGAAAAUCAUUGACACUCUUCAAAGAAAGGUCGAGCUACUGGAAGAGACAUGCCAAAAGAAUUAA